UCUGAAAUUUUCCAUCUCCAUGAGCAUCCCCGAGGCGCCGGAACCGAAGCGGAUUAACAUCCUCGCCUCCAACUUCUCGGGGAUGGCCCUGCGAGGGUCCAGGACGGGAUUUUACCGGCAGGACAUCAACAGAACCGUGUGGGAAGUCCCGGAAAGGUACCGAGACUUGAGGCAGGUUGGAACAGGAGCCUAUGGAACUGUAUGUUCAGCGUGGGACCGGCGGACCAGCUCGCAGGUGGCCAUCAAAAAGCUCCACCGGCCCUUCCAGUCCAAACUUUUCGCCAAGCGGGCCUACAGAGAGCUACGACUCCUCAAACACAUGAAGCACGAAAAUGUGAUCGGUCUACUUGAUGUUUUCACAGCCGAAAUUACCCUGGAUCGCCUUCGAGACUUCUACCUGGUCAUGCCCUUCAUGGGCACCGACCUGGGCAAACUGAUGAAGUUGGAGAGACUAUCAGAGGACAGAGUUCAGUUCCUCGUCUACCAGAUGAUGAAGGGACUCAAGUACAUCCACUCUGCAGGGAUCGUCCACAGGGACCUAAAACCAGGAAAUCUCGCCAUCAACCCAGACUGUGAAUUAAAGAUCCUCGACUUUGGCUUGGCGAGGCAGGCCGACGCAGAGAUGACGGGUUACGUGGUGACCCGCUGGUACAGAGCCCCCGAGGUCAUUCUCAACUGGAUGCACUACACGCAAACAGUGGAUAUCUGGUCUGCUGGUUGUAUUAUGGCAGAGAUGCUGCUGGGGAAGCCACUGUUCAAGGGCAACGAUCAUCUGGACCAGCUCCGAGAAAUCAUGAAGAUCACCGGAACACCGGCUGCCGACUUUGUGGUGAAGCUACAAAGCCAAGAUGCCAAAAACUACCUUCGGGGUUUGUCAAAAGUACCCAAAAAGGACUUGCACUCCAUUUUCUCCAAAGCGAGCUCACACGCUGUGUGCGUGUUGGAAAAGAUGCUGCUCCUGGAUCCCGAGGAGCGGGUCAGCGCCUCGGAGGCCCUGGACUUUCCCUUCUUCGCCGACUUCCGCGACACGGAGGAGGAGACCGAGGCGCAGCCGUAUGACCGAACCAUAGACAACACGGACCUGACGCUCGACCAGUGGAAACGACACACAAUUACGGAGAUACUGAUCUUCAGGCCUCUAAAAGACUCUACGGAAACAUCACUUUAACAUACGCAUCAAGGCGAGGUACACCUUAGACUGGUUGCCAACCGAUCGCAUAUACAGUUUAGACAAACAAGCAUUCAUGCUCAAAUUCACACCAACGGACAAUUUAGUCUGCAAUAAAUCUAACAUCCAUGCUCUUGGAAUGGAAAGGGAUGAAGCCGGAGUACGGGGGAAGAACAUACAAACUCCAAACACGAAGUCCAGAGCCGACAUAGGAACGUUAGUAUGCGGUUUAUUUUUCUUAAAUGAGAUUUUGUCAUUUUGAAUCCAAUUUGUAAUGAUACUGGUUCUCAUUAGAUUGUGUAGGUGUGUGGAAAGAAUGUAAGUAGUUACAAAAUACACUUUUAUUCAGGGAUGACUUUGUGUUGUAGCUCUCUUAUUUGGUCCACAGAGGAGGAAAUUCACUUACGAUACAGCGUUAGGCUACAACCGGAAUGAACAGGUCACACACAGUACUUUUUGUGAAGGUAUUCAACAGAUGAUGCGUCCACAUCCGCUCGGUGGAGGA